AUGUCGACAUCAUACAAGUCCCUAAUGGCCAUGUCCGAAGUCCACACACGCACAGCCGAAGCCCAAGCGACUGCGGCCCUCGCCCAGAAAAAGGCCCGAGAGGAACGAGAUCGCAAGGCAGCUGAAGAACGUGAGGCGAGAGAACGACAGCUCAAGCAACUCGAAAUAAAGAAUCAUUUCGAGGCUCAGCGGAGGAAAGCGGAGGCCGAAAGAAAGGCAGCUCUGGCCCUGAAGCGUCAGGAAGAGGACCUGGAGAGACGAGAGAAGGAGACCCGGGACAAAUUACUUUAUGGCCCCAAGAAGGCGAAAGAGAAGGCCUGGCCUACCAGCAAUAAUCCAAACAAGAGGAAAGCAAUCGACGAUGGGGAUGAAUUAAAUGGGUCAGUGCUUACGCGGGAGGAGAAGAGACAGAGAAAGGCAGAGGCUGAACGUCGUCGUGACUACCAUGAGGCUUCAUCUGCCCGACGCUCGUCUCCCAGCGUACUCGGAAACUUCUUGCGGAAGUCGGACAAGACGAAGAAGCGUGCUGGCAAUGUUUUGCGAGGUGGUGCGAAAGACAUCGUCACAACGCUUUCGGAGGAGGCCGCCAACUCCACCCACACCACAUCCCAUCUCAACGCGAAAGACCGAAUCAAGGCUCAGCCCUCCCACCUUAUCAAGCUAUAUGAAACGCAACGCGAUGUCCGCAAUAUCGACGAGAUCCAGCGCGACGUCCGUGCUGUUCAUGUUUUACAAGGAGAACAAGCUCGUAAAUUUGAAUUCUUUCCUUCCCAAACGCCUCCGACGCCUCCCUCACUCCCUCCCUCCCAACCGGUCACUCGACGUUCCACCCCACCCAGAGAGAGGGCCUUUCCCAUCAAAUCCAAAGCUGGCUCAUCAAGCACUGCUAUUGCAAACAGAAGAAAGGCCCGGUCUCCCGACUAUUCUCGUUCUGCUUCUCCUAAUCCACGACGGGCGACAACUAAGCCAUCGAAAUCGAAUGCUGCUCCUAGCUCCUCCAAGUCGCGCCAUCGUGAUGCGGCUCCCGAAGAGCGUGGUCAGAGCUCAAUUUCUGACGAGAUUUGGCGAAUUAUGGGCAAGAACCGGUCCCAGUACAUGGAGAGGGACGUUUACUCGGACGAAGAAAGUGAUGGUGAUAUGGAAGCUGAUGCGUUGACGCUGGAGCGGGAGGAGUUGCGCAGUAGCAAGAUUGCGAGACGUGAAGAACGAGAAGCAGAGGAGGCUGAGCGAAGGGCUAUUGAAGAGAAGCGUAAGCGUAAAAUGUCAGCGGGCAGGGUUUAA